AUGGCUUCUUCUAAUGCAAUGGCCAUAACAACCCUUACGCUAAGACUCCUUGCAUUAGGAUUGCUAGCAGCUUCUGUAGCCGUUCUUGCUACCGAUAGGGUCACUUUCGAUGAUGGUACCAAGGCCACUUUCAAGGACAUCGUUGCGUAUCGAUUUGUCAUCUCUACGGGCGCCAUCGGGUUUGCCUAUGCAUUGUUUCAAAUACCCUUUGCAGUAUACCAUGUAUCGACCGGAAAGCAGAUGAUCCGCAACGAAUGUUUGCCGGAGUUCGAUUUCUACGGUGAUAAGAUCAUUGCAUUUCUGUUGGCUACCGGUGUGGGGGCCGGCUUCGCAGUCUCCUUCGAGUUCAAGAAGCUGAUCCGUGAUUUCAUCGAUAGCUUCGAAAGGUUGGGCGUGCCGGGUCUCACCGAAUCCGAAUCGAAGCUCGACAAGUUCCUCGACCGAGCAAACAUCGCGACGGGCCUUCUCUUCCUUGCAUUCCUUUGCAUGGCCGCGCUUUCAGUUCUAUCAUCUUUGAAGAGAACCCCUUCUAGCAAUGGCUUCUUUGGAUGA